CUUCAUGUUAUUAAGCUUUCCUUUUUUUUCCCCUGUUCAAAUCAGUUCUCAUUGGAACUUUUUUAGAGAGAGAGGGAAAUGGAGCUCUCACAGCAUGCUUUCCUGGAGGAGCUAUUGGCUCCAAGAAGAGACAGUUGGACCACUUUUUCAGCUGGGGUGACUGAGUUCCUCCCUAAUGGCUCAUGGAACUUUGAUUCUUUUGAUGAGAAUCCAACUUUGGCUACAUCAAAUCUCUCCUUUGUUGCGUUCUCUCCACCACCACCACCUGAUCAAACCCCCAGCUUUGAAUGUCCUUUCAGUGAUCAACCCUACCCUUUUGUUGAUGGAUUCACAGUGCGGGACAUGGAUUCUUCGUACACCAACGUCAAUGUCGUCCACCCCCACACAUCUCCUUUCUCAGCUACUCAACAAGACUUCCCAUCCAUGGUUGAUGAUGAAGAUCAGUUUGGUCUUCUUACCACUGAUCAUCAACAACACCGCUUGGAAGAAACAAAGAGUAGCUGCAAAGUCGAGAUUGAGCAAACCAGCAACAUUCAGGGUUUCAACAUGGGCGACUUGUUGUUAGGCAGGAAAAGGGCUAAGACAAAGAAGUUAGAAGGUCAGCCUUCAAAGAAUUUAAUGGCAGAGAGAAGGAGAAGGAAGCGACUGAAUGACAGGCUUUCAAUGCUGAGAUCAAUAGUCCCCAAGAUCAGCAAGAUGGAUAGAACAUCUAUACUUGGAGAUACCAUAGAUUACAUGAAAGAGCUUCUAGAAAGGAUUAAUAAGUUGCAGGAAGAAGAUACGAAAGAGGGUAUCAUUAUUAAUCAACAGAGUUUAUUGAAGAACCUGAAGGAGCAAAAGCCAGAUGAAGUAUUGGUGAGAAAUUCCCCAAAGUUUGAUGUAGAGAGGAGAGAUACAGAUACUCGAAUCGAUAUAUGCUGUGCAACGAAACCAGGCUUGCUGUUAUCUACAGUGAACACAUUGGAAGCACUAGGCCUUGAGAUUCAACAGUGUGUUAUAAGUUGCUUCAAUGAAUUUUCAAUGCAAGCUUCUUGUUCAGAGGUAGAAGAGCAGAGGACAUUGAUAAGCUCUGAAGACAUAAAGCAAGCAUUGUUCAGAAAUGCAGGCUAUGGAGGAAGAUGUCUGUAGAAUCAUUAGGAGGAGAAUAAGAUGAUCAUCUAACAAAGCUUAAUAUGAAUUAAAUUUUCUCUGAAUUUGUUCUUCAAGGAUUUGCAAUUGCUGUAAUAAUAUUUCCCCAUUAUUAAUCA